CCUGAUGGUAUAAGGAACACCCAAUUCCACAAAAUUUCCUCUUUCAUAAGAAACAAAAGAAUAAGCCAAACCUAGAUGGGUGUCACAGGAGGCCUAGUGAGGAGCAUUUUUUCAAGAAGCAGAUCAUUCGGAGUUCAUGAACACAAUGGAAGAAGCAAUGUAGGAGAGAAGAAGAGAUGGAGCUCAGUUAGAUCGUACCUGUGCGGAGAUGAAUUCAAUUCUGUUCUUGCCGUGGAUGAAUCCAAGCGUUUCGAUACCGUUUCGACAAUGUCUCCACCAUUGGAUUCAGUUCUUGCUCUCGAGGAUUCAGCUUCAGUUAAAACUUUGAAUUCGGUUCCCGCCGAUGAGGACUCUGCUUCAGUUAAGAGCUCAGAAGAAACAGUUACACAACCUCUACAGGAAGAUGUGUCUUUCGGAUGUAAUGUUGUUCCUGUGAAGAAACAUAUCGCCGAGAGAGAAGAUAACCAAAGUGAAGCAACAGAGACUCACAUACCAAAGAAGCAUCAGACUCCAAUCUCCAAGUUGUUCCGUGAAGAAGAUGCCGCAAUCAUAAUUCAGACAGCGUUCAGACAUUACCUGGCUACACGUCGAGACAGAGACGUUUUUUCGACGUUGACUAAGGAGGAGAGAUUCGCAAGUGCUGAUUCUCCAAGCAAAGAAUCAAUGGGGACAUCACUGGAAGUUCAAACAGAUCAAUCCGUGAAAGCAUUCUCUUUCGCUCAGGUGAGAGUAUCUGCAAAUCAGAGAACAAGGCAGAAAACCAAAACACAGGUUUUGAAGAUAAAGGAAGACUGGGAUGAUAGUACCAUGAGCAGCAAGAUGUCGAAAAUGAGGAUUCAGAAUAGAAUCGAAGCAAUGACACGAAGGGAGAGAGCACUGGCUUAUGCAUUUUCACAACAGCUAAGAAUUUGCUCAAAGAAAAAGCAAAUAGAACGCAACGAGGUUGAUCCCAACAUUGGUUGGAGCUGGCUAGAACGCUGGAUGGCGACCCGUGUGCCAGAGAGCAUUUCAGUUGAGCAAGGCCUAACACACAAUCAGACAGAAGCGAUAACCAGAAAUCAAAUACUUGUAAUGAAGAAGAGACCUUUUGGAGUGGCUGGUGAACUGGAGAGCUGUGCAUCCAAUGAUGUGCCUCUUCAACUGGAAAGCAUAUCCGAGGCACUAGGAGAAGAUAAUGAAGACUUGAGGCUGGGAAAGAAUAGUCUUAAGGCAACAAGAAACAUAUCGAAGCGUAAAUCUGGGCCAAGUUACCAAAUCCACAGAGAAUAUGUCAAGUCGCAGCUUCAGGCAACAAAGAAGGAUCUGCAAAGAGAGACACAGAGAGCCAAGAAAUCCAAGAGCACACCAUCGGCUGCAAAAGGGAAAUCAAUGCAAAUAAACUUCAACUAAACAGCCGCAGAUGAGAUUCACCAUUACCUGUAGAUCUUUCCCAUCAAAUAACCUCUGUUUCUUGUAGUUUGUGACCUCAAACCUGCAAAUAAUUUUGUGUAAAUCAUUUGGAAAUCAGAUUUGCUAUGAAGUUGCA